AUGAAGCUCCAACUCCUCUCCGCUGCCCUGGCCGGUCUGGCCGCCGCUAGCCCUAUGGCCCUGGAAGAACGUCAAUCCAGCUCCGGCAACGAACUCCGCAACGGCGACUGCCAGCCCGUCACCUUCAUCUUCGCCCGUGCCUCCACGGAAAUCGGACUCCUGGGCGCCUCCACCGGCCCAUCUGUCUGCAGCAAGCUGAAGGCGGCGAACAGCGACGGCGUCGCGUGCCAGGGCGUGGGCCCUAAGUACCGCUCUACACUGGGCGAUAAUGCCCUGCCGAAGGGAACCUCGCAGGUGGCCAUCGACGAAGCCAAGGAGUUGUUUGAGCUCGCGGCCGAGAAGUGCCCCGAUACGCAGAUUGUGGCGGGAGGUUAUAGUCAAGGAACAGCCGUCAUGCACGGCGCAAUCCCCGAGCUCUCCGACGCCCUGAAAGACCAGAUCAAAGGCGUCGUGCUGUUCGGCGAUACCCGCAACAAGCAGGAUAACGAGCAAAUCCCGGACUUCCCCAAGGACAAGAUCAAGAUCUACUGUGCCACGGGCGACCUGGUCUGCGAGGGCACGCUGAUCGUCGCGCCGCCGCAUUUCUCGUACCUGGGGGAUACGACUGAUGCGACGGAGUUCUUGACUGGGAAGUUGGAGUAA